GCCUUUACCUCGCCCAAACAACCCAAUAUCUAGUCAAUUGCCCUCAGCAAACCGCAAAGAUGUCUGACGAUCAGGAGCUCGUUACCAAGCCCUUCAACUGGUACGAAAUUCCCCCUCCCGACGCCGUCCACGACUGCGACACAAUCGAAAAGGCUGGCUCUUUCCCCGUCAAGCUCGACGCGUAAGAUAUUGGAAGUUCGAGGCUUUGCACGGGCUAGAUGUUGGAGGAUGGGUCGCUUGUACUACUUACCCUGAGGGCGAGAUAUCAAUAGAUCACCAGGAGUUGAAUUGCG